GCAUAAACGAACUCGGUGAUUGAAUCAUGGUCCUGGGCUGUCAACCAGGGGAUCAGAAACACAAUCCCCGAUAUCGACAAAGAUGUCUCACCACGAAAAUGAGAAGGAGCCUCCCAAGGAUCAGCAGUAUCCAGUGAAAUGGUAUCGAUCUACAUUUACAAACAUGACCAUCCUUGGCCUCUGCAACCUGGCAGCGCCCGGAAUAUGGGCAGCCAUGAACUCGCUGGGGGCGGGAGGCGCAGCACGGCCCGAACUCAUCAACGCCGCCAACUCGCUCACGUUCUGCCUGAUGGUCGUGUCCUGUUACUUUUCGAGCGUCAUUGUCAAGUACAUUGGCAUCAAGGGAGCUUUGGUUUUUGGAACACUUGGCUUUGCCCCCUUCGCAGCCAGCCUCUACACCAACAACCGCUUCGGCAACGAGUGGUUCGUCGAGGUCGGCGCGGCCAUCUGCGGCCUGUCGGCGGGCGUUUUUUGGAUGGCCGAGGCGGCCAUCGCCAUCGCCUACCCUGAACCCUGGAACCGGGGCCGGGCCAUCGGGUACUGGCUCACCUACCGCCUCGGCGGGCAGAUCAUCGGCGGUGCCGUCAACCUGGGGCUGAAUUACGACCGCGAUAGCGCGGGCAAGGUGUCGUACGACGUGUUUCUCUUUUUCAUCUCCAUCCAGGCUGCCGGUCCGCUGGUGGCCAUGUUCCUCAGCAGGCCGGAUCAGGUGCAGAGAAGGGAUGGCAAAAAGGUCCAGUUGGUUAUAACGCAGGACUGCUGGGCCGAGAUCAAGGAAACCACUAGACUGUUUUGCACGAGCAACUUUCUUUUGUUGGUGCUUUGGAUUGGGCAGGCCGUGUUUGCCGAGGCGGUGUUUUUUACGUAUAUUGCCCUAUGGUUCAGCGUGCGGUCCAGGGCUCUUGCUUCUUUCUUGUCGGGAAUCAUGGCCAUGACUGCUGGCAACGGCUUGGGCUACUGGCUAGACUCUGCCCGGUUUUCCCUCAAAGCCCGAGCAAGGGGCGCGUUUUGGACAAUCGGAACCAUGCAAGGAGCAUGGUGGAUCUGGGCGACCGUCAACGUGACGCGCUUUCGCCAGACUCGACCGACCUACGACUGGACAGAUCAGGGCUUCGGCCAGGCCUUUGCCGUCUUUUUACUCUUGACUGUUGGGUUGCAGCUGAACUACAUGUUUCUAUAUUUCUUCAUCCACAACCUGAGCCGGGACGAGCCCGAAAUCAUCCGAUACGCCGCCCUUUUGCGCGGCACCGAGUCUGCCUGGCAGGCCCUGGCCUACGGGCUGUCGUCUUUGACGGUCUUUGGCGAGGUCGGUGGUGUCUACAUGAAUUUCGGUCUCUGGGGAAUUUCCAUCUACCCUGCGUGGUUGGUCCUCCGGCAUUUUGGCAACACCAAGUCGACCGGCAUCGAGGUCGUGGACGGCCCUGUUGAGGGUCAGACGGCCAAGGCUGAGGGAGGGGUCAUGGCCACAGAUCGCAGCGGGUUGAUCAAUACUUGA